AUGGAGAAAUUUGACCUGCGGUUGCUGCUCGACAGUAUUCAACGCUUCGGUAUUACAUUUUUAUUCCUUGUCCCCCCCGUUGCUGUAAUGCUCACCAAGACGCCGAAUCUAUCUGAACAUGAUAUUUCGAGUGUGAAGUACCUACUCUGUGGCGCGGCACCUCUAAGCCCUGAGACCUCUGCAAAGAUAGAGGAGAUCUUCAGCAUAAAUAAGGCGCGUUGCAGGCAGGGAUGGGGCAUGACUGAGGCUACUAUGGCAGUCACCCUUUUCGCACCUGAUGAGUUCGACCCAUCGCACAGAGGUGUUGGCUACAUAACCCCGAACAUGCAGAUCAAGGUUGUUAAGGACAACGGCGAGGAGGCAGGCUAUGAUGAGGAAGGCGAGGCGCUGAUUCGCGGCCCAAACAUCUUCAAAGGAUACUAUAGAAAUGAAGUGGCGACCCAUGACGCGUGGACAGACGACGGGUGGCUCAAAACCGGUGAUAUUGUUACUAUCCAGCCAGAUGGGCUGGUAAGCAUUGUCGACCGCAAGAAGGAAUUGAUCAAGGUCAACGGAUUCCAAGUGGCCCCGUCAGAAAUUGAAGGAUGUCUACUAGAGUGCCCAGGCGUCCAGGACUGCGCGGUAAUUCGCGUAGAACGCAAUGGUGGGGAGCACCCACAAGCCCAUAUCGUUCGAAGCGGAGAUGAUGUUACAGCGGAGUCAAUCCUGGCGUUCAUGGAAAAGAGACUCUCUAGUCACAAAAGGCUCAGCGGGGGAGUUGUGUUCACAGACACCAUCCCCAAGUCGCCGUCAGGGAAGAUCAUCCGCCGCAUGCUCAAGGAUCAGCACGACAAGCAGCGAGCAGCGCAUCUUUAG